AUACUUGUCCACACACUAUAACAGGUGCUGCUGGAGUAUUGGUUUCUAGGGAAGGCUUUAUCUAUGUACUCUGUACAAUUGUACUCUCCAAACCUCUUCCAUAAUACAAUACCCUUUCUCCUUCCCGUCUCUUCAAAACUUUCCACCAUGACUUCUCAGGCACACAUCACUCUUUCAGCAGAGGAGAAUGAAGAAGAAGAAGCAGUACUGGUAAUCAAUGAUGGAGAAGCUGAUGGCAACGUGAAGUUUCGGAUACGAAAUCUGACCAGAAGAUCAGAAAGUACAGGAGGAGGAGCUAUCAUACUGAAUAAGCUGAGCGUGGACAUCCCAAAAGGAGUGAUCGUCGGAAUCAUAGGCCCAAGUGGCAGCGGCAAAUCCACGCUUCUCCGAGCACUCAACCGCCUCUGGGAGCCGCCGGCCGGCACUGUCUUCUUGGACGGCCAUGAUAUUAAAGAACUCGAUGUUCUCAGUCUCCGGAGGAAGGUCGGAAUGCUCUUCCAGCUUCCUGUUCUUUUUGAAGGUACUGUUGCAGACAACGUUCGUUAUGGUCCUCAGUUGAGUGGGAAGAAGCUGACUGAUCAAGAUGUUCAUAAGCUACUGACCCUUGCAGGCCUUGAUUCAUCUUUUUUCAGUAAAACAGGUUCUGAAAUAUCUGUAGGCCAAGCCCAAAGAGUUGCACUUGCUAGGACCCUAGCCAAUUCACCUGAGGUUUUGCUGUUAGACGAGCCUACUAGCGCCUUGGAUCCAAUAUCAACAGAGCACAUAGAAGGUGUUUUAGAAAAGCUGAAGAAGAAACGGGGCAUGACAAUCAUAAUGGUCUCACACAGCAUCAAACAAAUCCAGAGAAUUGCUGAUGUAGUGUGUCUCCUUGUGAAUGGUGAGGUUGUUGAAGUUUUAAAACCAGAUAAACUCUCAGAAGCCAAGCACCCUAUGGCCUUGAGGUUUCUUGAACUCAGCUCUUAGCUCUUAAUCAUCUCCCAAUGUAUCUCUCUUUCUGUCCGAAAUCGGGUUUGCAUAAUUGUUCUGUAGCCAACAUUUAAAGCAUUUCCUGAUAUUUGUACUAUGUACUGGUUAAGUGGUGAUCAUACUUUUGGCCAGUUUUGGGAAGCUAACAACUUCUUACAAGAACUGUAUAUUACUCGAUCUUUUACUCCCUCA